UUUAAGGUCCAAUUGGUACGUAGAGAAGUGACAUUAAUGUUAACUAGUACACUCUUUAUAUCUUAAACGUAUUUAUAGAACGUUAAGUAUUUUCUUCAUAUUUAUUUUCCAGAUUGCGUUGGUUAUAUUCCUUCACUCACGUAGCCCGAUGGGACGGCCAACUGACAGGAACGGAGAGAUAAUAAGCGCAUAGGUCCGACAUGGUAGGGAAUCCACAUAGUUUUAAGACCUCCACAUAAAGUUUAACCCUCAUCAACUUUUUAAGUUCACAAUCGACUUGAAAAUCGAACACGAGAAAAAAGGAAUUUAGGUAGUACUGAGAUACUUUUACAUCGAUAAAGUUUCAAUCUCUUCAUUCCAUCAGCAGCAAAUGUAUGCGGAUAAACAGCAUAGUUUUCUAGUGUUUAGGUAAUAUUGAAUCAUCUAGGGCAUGCGCAAGGGCGUAAUGGUCGGCUAGUGGCUAUAAAAGCUGCAGUUUUUUAGAGAAUGUUCAUUGUAAUUCGUGAAAUGAAGACCGAAUGGUGUUUCUUGGUUUUCUGUAUUGGAAUAGUGGCGGGACAUGAUGAUGAUCCAGCAGCCAAUCAGAUUGUGGAUUUCAGAGAUCGGACUUCGGGCCCAAUAGGCAUCAUGACGACAUCGCUCGGUGCGCCCAUCAACCACAAUCAAGCAAGUACCACGUUAAACAAACGCCUCAUAUUCCACGAAUUCUUUAUGGACUACAAUCUACAUUUCAACCGUGAACAAAUCCCUCCAAGAGUGGUCCACACCAAAGGAGGCGGGGCUUUCGGCUACUUCGAAGUAACACAUGAUAUGAAAGAUAUUUGCAAAGCUAAAGUCUUUAGCAAAGUGGGUAAGAAGACACCAGUUGCAGUCAGAUUCUCUCCUCAAGUCCAACUAUUCGGCGGCGUUGAUACAUCAAGAGAUGACCGAGGGUUUGCAGUUAAAUUCUACACUGAAGACGGUAAUUUUGACAUAGUAGGAUUAAACACGCCCAUGUUCGUAAUAAAAGAUCCUCUAUUUUUUCCUACUUUUGUUCACUCAAGAAAAAAGAACCCGCAAACAUUUCUGUACGACUCAAAUAUGUUUUGGAAUUUUUUAGUAUUAUUUCCAGAGGGAAUGCAUAUUCAAAUGCGCCUUUUCACUGAUUUGGGUACUCCUGAUGGCUAUAGACAUAUGCCUGGAUUUGGGAUUCAUACAUUUCAAGUUGUGAAUGAGGAGAAAGAAAACUAUUUCAUCAGAUUCCAUUUUACUCCUGAUGCUGGUGUGAAGAAUUUGAGUUCUUCUGAAGCUCAGAAAAUAGCAGGCCUUGAUCCCGAUUACGCUAACAGGGAUUUAUUCAAUGCCAUAGAUACUAGAAACUUUCCAAGUUGGACAGUCAGUAUUCAAGUUCUAAGUGUCAGUGAUGUUAAACAUGCGGACUUCGAUGUUUUUGACGUGACCAGAGUUUUGCCUGAAGAUAAGUACCCGUUGAGGACUGUGGGAAAAUUAAUUUUGAACAAGAACCCUUUGAAUUACUUUGCUGAUAUAGAACAAUUAGCUUUUUGUCCUUGUAACCUUGUCCCUGGCAUACUUGGAUCACCGGACAAGUUGUUUGAAUCACGUUGUUUGUCGUACAGGGACGCCCAGCAUUAUCGUUUAGGUGGGAACUUCAUGAAUAUAGGUGUUAACAAACCUAUACACGAGCCAUUGACAUACAACAGAGAUGGCAGACCUCCUAUUGGUGGAAAUAAACGAAACAUACCAAACUACUAUCCUAAUUCUUAUAACGGACCCGUUCCUUACUUAGAGGAAAAUGAAGUCGAAUUGAUUGAAAUAUUCGAGAGUAAAGCUGAUAAUUUAGACCAGACACGUGAGUUGUAUGAGAAUAUGAGGUUUGAUGAAAAGGCUAGACUAAUAGAAAAUAUUGUGUCCAGCUUGGGUUCCGUGACGGACCCGUUGUUGAAAAAACAGAGUGUAAAUUUGCUAAGUGCUAUCAAUCCCCACCUAGGAAGUAGUGUUUUAGAAGGUUUAUUAGCUAAUAGAACUAAAUAUUAUUGGGAUAAAGAUUUUAAAGUAAAAUAG